CCUAUCGCCGAGCAGCUGGCCAGGGGGAUCCUCAUCCAGGAUCUGGAUGAUCGGGGUGCUGAUAGAUCCACCGACCGUCGAGGCCUGCUCUUCAUUCAGGGCUGUUCAAGCAACAGGGCGUCCCUUAUUGAUGUAUCCAGCUGCCUGCGGAUCUGUUCAACAGCCCGGGAGUUUUGUGAUUGAGAGGUUCCUCCAACCACCCCAUUGCUAGACACAUGUGUUGCACUCAUUGCUCGACUUGCCGUCGUUUCGUUGAUUCUGGUAGGCACUCAGCUUUGAGCGCAAUCAACCUAGCUCGAACAAGGAAAGCAGCGGCAUUGCAUAUCUCCGCUCAGCCCACAUCGCAGCAUCCGCUAGCGACGAGCAUGGGCUCCGGCGACGACAGCCGCACCCCGCUACUUCAGACCGCCCAUCAACCCGCCGCUGCGAGCGUAGACCAGCUUGAUCAAGGGAGCACAAUGGCCGAGGUGUACAAGCGCCGCAAUCUUGGCUCCAGUGCGCGGCUCGCACAGGCUGUCGUUUUCGCCUUCGUAGCUCUGAUCUGGUCGCUCAUCUUCACCAAGCUACCCUUCCCCCUGCCGCUGUUCGGGUACCACCCUCUGAUCCAAUCGCUCGCGCUCAUCUCGCUCGUGCAAUCCGUGCUGGUCCUGCAGCCGACGAACACACCGCAAGCCAAAGCGAUCGGCCUGAGCGUGCACCAGACGCUCAACCUGCUGCUCAUGCUCCCGCUUUUCACGGCCGGCGCGGGCAUCAUGUACUACCUGCACGGCCAGCCUGGAACAAAGCACUUCAUCUCCUGGCACGGUACGCUCGGCUUCACCGUCGUCGUGCUCGCCUGGCUGCAAGCCGCCCUUGGCGCCGCCAGUGUCUGGUUCAACGGUGCCGCGCUCGGCGGCGAGCGGCCCGCCAAGGCGGCGUGGAAGUGGCAUCGCCUGUCGGGAUACGUCCUGCUCCUCCUCUUCCACCUCACGUUCGCGCUCGCCGUGUGGGAGACGACAUGGGGCAAGCAAAAUGCAAGCACAAUUUACCACGUCGCAGCCGUCGCACUUCUGCUCGCGCUGGGAGUCACGAUCUUUUCCCGUCUUAGGCCCAGCAAGUUGCCAAAGCUUGCGUGAACGUAGCAUAUCUACAACUUCACGCCCCGUGCCCCCUACAAUACCCAUGUAUACCUUCAAUCGCGUCAUCAUCUAUUGCAUUGCAACUGCCAAAU